AUGUCUAGAAUCGAGAGCAGAACUGAGACGGCAGCGCCGCCUGGUAGCAGCAAACUCGGCAGAUGGUUCAGCGAAUGGUCCCUGCAGCGACGAGUCAAGGACUUUUCCGCCAACCCGCGCGCCGUCCCGGAUCGCCAGCGUAUCGAGCUGCUGCGCAGCGUCGUGGCCCUGGCCGACGACCAGGAGUCGGCGUGGCUCGCCGCGCGGUUCGGGGGCGAGUACUCGGCCUGGCUGCGCCGGCUCGUCGAGUUCCAGGCCGCCUACUCGCGCGAUUACAUGCGCGACGGACGUCUGGGCCGGUUGCACCGCGAUGGGCUGUGGGCCCUCGAGGACGAGCUCGGUGGUCUCGAGAGUUAUUGGAGGUACUUUACUGCUCUUGAUGAUAACCGUCUUGUUCAGGCUGCCGCCUGCGAGCAUAUUGACCUGGUGAAUAGUGAUGCCAGGAAGAGGAUUGAGGCGUGCCGGGCAGAGAUUGAACAGUUCAACGGCGUCAUUACGGACCAGAGAACCGCUUGGCUGCUCAAGACUGAAAUGCUCAGGUAG